AUGUUCAAUGUUCUUCUUCAUUUAUCAGUUACAAGUGUAGAAGCAGCUCCAGAAAAAGCAGGUUGUGAUAAAAUAACAACAAUGGAAAGAAGUGACAUGAAAGAGAAGGACUCAAGCUCUUCUCAGACUGUCAAGAAGGACAUGGGUUGCAUGGAGAGAAACAGAAGAGAGAAGAUGACUGAAUACUUUUCCACUCUUCAAUCCAUUGUUCCUAAUCUCUUCCCCAAGGCAACAAGAACAAGAGUGAUAGAUGAAACAAUAAGCUACAUAAAAAGGCUUGAAGAAACAGUGAUAGCUCUGGAGACAACCAAAGCUUCAAUAAGACAACAUGAUCCUGAAACAGAGACUACUACUGCUACUGCUACUGCUGCUGCUGCUGGUGCUAUAACACAAGUGUUGCAAGUGUUUGAAAAACACAAUGCUGAAGUCUUGUCUUGCAGUGUCACUACUCAAGAGCUCAACAAGCUUCUCAUUUCUCUCACUGUUCUUCUCCCUGAUUUGCCUGCUUCCUUUCUUAGGAUCAAAGAUGACCUUUUGCUUAUUAUCUAA